AUGAUAGGAAGGUUUUUGUUUGUGUAUAUUGUGUACGGGCUGGUUGCCCAUGAAAAUGCGCAGAUUCAUAGUGGGGCAACAUCUCAAACAGUAGAGAAAAUAAGGGCUGAUGGCUUUCCAGCAGAAACACAUAGUGUCACCACGUCCGAUGGGUACAUACUGGAGAUGCACAGAAUACCUCAUGGAAGAGAAGCAGUCGACAGUGAUGUAAAAAGGCCGGUAGUAUUCCUCAUGCAUGGACUGAUGGGCGCGUCAAAUCAAUAUAUUAUGUUAGGUGCUAACAACAGUUUUGCAUACAACCUAGCAGACGAAGGAUUCGACGUGUGGAUGGGUAAUGCCAGGGGAAAUUCCUACUCCCGUAAGCACAUCACGCUUGACCCAGACCAUAAUACCCAAAGGCUUCAAUUCUUUGACUUCACCUUCGAAGAGAUCGGUAUACAUGAUCUUCCGGCCAUGAUUGACUACGCAUUGAAUUACACUGAAAGUAGCCAGCUUCAUUACAUUGGACAUUCUCAAGGAGGCACUGUAUUUUUGGUCUUAACGAGUUUGAUGCCCCAGUAUAAUUCCAAAAUCGCUUCAGCUCACCUGCUUGCCGGAGUUGGAUAUCAAGCAUACUUUCCAAACGAAAUGCUCUCAGAACUUGCAGUCGACGUAGAUAGUAUUUAUGCUUUGGCUACAGCGAUGGGCAUCGUGGAGCUGUACCCUGAUCUGUUCUUAUCUCAAUCCCGAACCAAUGGUUUCAGGAUGUCUGAUUACUGUACUGGAAACUUGGAACAGAAACACAUGUGCGAUUUAUUUGGAAUCGGACAGAUUUUGAGAAAUUCAUCGUCUGCUGCACAAGAGUUUACUCCAUCUGGAGCAUCCCUAAAGCAAGUCGCACAUUACGGUCAAAAUAUACGAGACAAGCUCUUUCGUCGCUACCAUUUUGGCACUGAAAGCAACCAGGUUCAAUAUGGACUUGCAGAGCCGCCUCCAUACAAUUUAAGCUUAAUUAGCUGUAAAGUGACAAUGCAUUACUCAAUGAAUGACACUUUACUUGAUGAAAAAGAUGUUCUUACUAUGGUUGAAGACAUGCCCAAUGCGAUAGCUCGUAGGGUAGCAAGGGAAAGCUUUGAUCAUUCGGAUUACGUAACAGCUUUAGAUGCCAAAGAGUUGGUGACUGAUUUCAUUAUCAACGAUAUCAAAAAUACGCUUAUUGACGGUGCCCCUGGGUCUGCCUCCAAAACAUUUCUUACCACUUAUUUGUCAUUGUGCAGCUUAAUUAUGAUAUUUAUAAGUUCUACAAAAGUAUUUUGUUUUUAG